AUGACUACCCCCAACAAUCUCUUCAGCUCGGAGUUCUUCGCGUGGAUGGGCUUCACCAACUCGGCCAGCAGUAAGGAAACCAUGACAACCGAUGCCUUUGGCAUGCACAAGGUCAUCGUAUGCAUGUGCGCUAACGGAAAGAUAGUGGGCCUGCACUCGAACAGCGGACGUGUGGUCUAUGGCGUGGGGUUAGAUAGUGAGGAGUUUGCGCCGAGAGAGGAGACGCCGUUGAUUGUGUCGCGCAGUGCGGCGCACUUCCCACACGAGCCUACCGUGUACGCCUUUGGAACGUCUCAGCAAUCGGGUGAGUUUGUGGCGUGGACAUUCAAUCCCAUCACGGGCAAAGCGGAACAGGCUCAAGGCCUACCCUCCAAUAUUGUGCUGAUCUCCAGUCUAGGUCACCACGAUCACUCCUUUGCCCGGCCCAUUCUGCUGCUGAGUGAUGAUGACAGCGUGCACGUGCUUCCCGCUACGGCCGACGCCCACAGCACAGUGCAGCAGAUGAUUCCCAAUCUUUUCCUGCACUCUGUGGAUAUGAACAAUGGACUUGCACAGGGCUAUGAAGUUAUAUCUAAGGACUCGAAGCUGUACGGGCGCCAGUCAUGGAGUGUAGGAAUCAACACCGAGACUGAUACCAUCGUCGCAGUCAGCCGCAAGCCGCAAUAUGAAAAAAAUCCCUUGCAAUUCCAGAUGAUUGGAGACGCCCAGGAGAAACUGUUGUACAAGUACCUGAACAAGAACCAGAUGGCUAUGGCCACACUGUCGAACACCGGGUUGCUAACCAUACUGCUCUUGGACACGGUGACCGGAAAUGUGAUUCAACGUCUGACGCACAGAGACGCCGCCGAGCCUGUUCAUGUCGUGCAGUGGGUCAACAAUGUGGUCUACACAUAUCAGAACAUUCAGGAACAACGCACGGAAGUGGUGAGCAUGUCGCUGUUUGAGUCUUCCAAUCCUGACUCACGCCAAGAGUUUGAGUCGUCCAAGUCCACUCAGCCCAUUGCUAUCAGACAGGCUAUGGUGCUAGGUGCAACAGUCGAUACUCUGGCCGUAGCACAGACCGCACAGGGCCUGGCCUCCAACACCAUCCUGUUUGGCUUGCGCACAGGCGGUCUGCUGUCUCUCUCCGAGAAGCUCCUGGACCCUCGCCGUCCCGUAGGUAAGGACGCCAAGCCUGUGCUGGGUCUAACGCCAUACACCCCUCUGAUCCCCAUGCUGCCCAUUAACCUGCUCAACUACUACCACCGCAUCCAUCGCUUUACGGCGGUGCGGUCAGCGUCCACUCUGCUGGAGAGUAGGGCCGUGGUGUUUGCGCACGGGUUGGAUAUGUUUAGCUGCAGCAUCACCCCUGCCGGCUCCUUCGACCAGCUGGGAGAGGAGUUCAACCGGCCCUUCCUUCUGGCUUGUCUGAUUGGAAUCACCGUGGCUGCUGGUAUCACCGAGUACUUUGCGCGCGAGAAGAAGCUCAAGCAAAAGUGGAAGUAGAUAUGUAUAUAUAUGUACAUGGAAACUUGUCAACAACAAAAUGCAAAGGGUUAUUUUUCAACAUUAAACAUUUAGUAGAGACUUGUGUGGCUCGUGGGGAAUAUUGGCUGUUGAUACAUUCUGCAACUCGAAUACAUGGCUCUAUCUGAUGGUUUUACAAUUU